CGCUGGGGCAUCGGGGGCGCGCAGGAACACGCAAGGCGAGGAGGGGCCCCGGGUCCUUGGCAGGAAAUGGCUCUGCGGCUGUUGCUCCGGCAGGGCCGCUCUUUCGUGUCCGCCGGCGGACAAGCCAGCUCAGCUUUUCUACACAGUUCUUUGGGAAGUAAUACCUCUAGUGCAAAACGAACUACUGAAUCCACCAAGCAACCACUUAAGAAGCCAGUAACACCAGUAGGUCGUUUUGAUACACCAGAAGAAUCAAAUGUAGAAAAGGAGCCACUAGAAAAAUUUUCCGAUGAUAUCAAUCCAAUGACAAAAGAGAAGGGUGGUCCCAGAGGCCCUGAACCAACUCGUUAUGGAGACUGGGAACGAAAAGGACGCUGCAUUGAUUUUUAACUUCUUUUUUGGGGAGAAUGACAUUUGAGUGAAAAUAAAACCAUAGUUGGGGGGAACACCACUUUACCUACAAAAAACCAAAAUCUUCGCAUUUAUCUGUAACAAAGUGUCAUAUCUGUAGUAUUUAACUAGAAUCUCUGUGAAUAUGUAUGGGUAAAUAUAGUGAAAUUGCAUUUUAAUAAACCAAUUUUGAUAAGUUCUCCACUGUUGAGUUGGGUGAUGGCUAU